AUGGGGAAUGCUUGUAGAUGUCAUUAACAGCCAGAUAAUCUCAACGAAGAUCAAGAAUCCAAUAAUCCAGAAGUAUAUCAAGCGAAGACUGAUAAACCAGAGGAUGAUAAAUGCGAAUAAUAAUCGUUUUCGAAAUGGAAAAAUAUUUAAGAAGGUUUGUUUUAUAAUCUAAAAUAAGAUGAUAACCUUCCACUUCCAGAGUUUAGAGAUGAAGUAGCAAAAUCAAAUAAUGGAAGCCGAAUUCAAUUACCUCCUGUCAUAAUGAAAUCGGGGAAUAUUUAUGAGGGAGAAUGGCUGAAUUAGAAAAAAGAUGGCAAAGGCAAAUUCACUUGGAAGGAUGGCAGUUACUUCGAAGGAGAUUUUGUUUAGGACAAAGCGUAAGGCAUAGGGAAGUUAGUGCAUGUUAAUGGUGAUUCAUACGAGGGAGAAUGGUAAAAUGAUAUGGCUAAUGGUCAUGGAGUUUUCAAUCAUUUUAGAGGCGUUAAAUAUAUAGGAUAAUGGAAAUACGAUCUUUAAGAUGGAGAAGGACAAGAAACAUGGCCAGAUGGUACUGAAUAUAAAGGAACUUACAAAGAGGGUAAAAGACAUGGACUAGGACAUAUGCAAUUUUAGGAUGGUUCUAAAUAUGAAGGGAACUUUGAGAAUAACGAAAUUUGUGGAUUUGGUUGUUAUACAUGGAAAGAUGGCAAACAAUAUAAGGGAUAGUGGUUGAAUAAUAAAAUGCAUGGUUAGGGAGAAUGUAUUUGGAAGGAUGGAAAGAGUUAUAAAGGAGAAUAUUCAGACGAUAAAAAGAAUGGUUAUGGAGUAUUUACUUGGGCAAGUGGGAAAAGAUAUGAGGGAUAUUGGUAAGAUGGCAAAUAGCAUGGAGAAGGGAUAAUAAUUAAUGCUGAGGGAGUUCGAAGAGAGGGUUAAUGGGAAUAUGGUAAGCCAAAGAAUUUGGAUUGAUUUUAUUUGUAUCUAUGACACUGUUAAAUUGAGAGAUUAAUUAUA